UAUGAUGUCAUCAAGAUGCAUCGGCUUUGACAACAUAUAAUGAAACAGUGGGAAGAAGUAAUUUUAACAUGCCUCAAGAGUGAAUUGUAGCAGUGCAUCUUGUUGCAAAAACAGAGUCCAAGUCAUGCAGAUAGAAGAUUUGGAAAAGGUACCGAUCCUUCAUCAUUCUGGCAAGGAAUCUUCCACAACAAAGUUGCUAUGUAAAGAACUGGUGAUGCAGCAAGCUGAAACAUGGUUCUGGGUAGUGGUGCAUCGUGGUCUCCUUGUAAUCUUCCUGUUGGCUUGGUUUGCCAUGCUAAUCGGAGCUGUGUUUAUUCUGUUACAGUCUCCUAACAACCGCCCUCAACUUCAUUGGUGGCAGCAUUCAGUAUUUUACCACAUUGAGCCUGCAGUUUUCCUGGAUUCCGAUGGAGAUGGAAUGGGAGAUUUGGCUGGAAUACAGAAACAGCUGAGCUACUUUGGGCGUCUGAAAGUACAGGCUCUAAUAAUAGCUCCAAUUUACAAGUUGGAAGGAAAUGGUUCUGGAUUUAACUUCACUGAGAUAAAUCCAUUUUAUGGCUCCAUGGAAGACUUUGAUAAGCUGGUUUCUGAAAGCAAAAAGCAUGGGAUAAGGAUUCUGUUUGAGAUCAGAGACUGGACAGGUAACCGAGUUUCAACAAGUUGGCAAACUUCGGCAUCUAGCUGGAAGAGCAGUAUAGACAAGCCUGAUCGUUUGAAAGAAAUUCUGGAUUUCUGGCUGAAGAAAGGUGUCUCAGGAUUCCUGUUUGCUAACCAAACAGGCCAGCUUAUAAAGAAGGUAACAGAUGAAUGGAAAGAACAUGUUCAGAAUUAUACUUCUAAAGAAGAUGAUGAGAGAAUUCUUAUGAUAGCUGGUUCCAGUGCCAUCCAGCCUUGCCAAAAUAUGUCUGAAUGUUUUGAGGCCAACCUAAUCCAGACCUUUAACCUCUUUGGUGGAAAGAGGAAUCUAUCAGUGCAAGCCAUGCUGCAGCAAAUGGAGGAAGCUAUACUCUGGAAUUCUAAUGAGUACUGGCCUGCCUGGAUGAUUGGCAGUCCUUCAGUGGGUCACAUGGCCUCUUUUGUAAAGGAACUACACAGAGCGUACAGUGUUCUUCUCCUGAUGCUGCCAGGAAGUCCUGUUAUUUACUAUGGAGAUGAGAUUGGCUUAAAGGACCUAAAGAACGGUAAGAAGCUGCCUGUAAUGAAAUGGAAGCCUUCAGAACACACACAAGCACUCAAGAAAGCAUUAGUGAGAGAUGAUGAUCAUUUAGCCUCUGUUGAGGAACAACAGACUCAGAAGAAAUCACUACUAAGACUUUUUUCCUCCCUGCUGGCGGUGAAAUGGCGAGAACCAGCUCUUCACUAUGGAAACAUCACCAUGCUUAACAGCAGCUCCGACAGCAUUUCCUUCCUACGCCACUGGAGUUGCUCAACGUUUUUAAUCACUAUGAACCUUGGACAGGAGAGUCUUGUACUCGAUUUUCACCCUUUUGGACUACCCCCUAAAGCACAGAUUGUUGUUAGUUCAAACCAGGACCGUCAUGGAGAGGUAGACUUGGGAUGCCUCCAGCUGUCAUCCAAGGAGAGCCUUGUACUAAAACCUGUUAAAGGCAAUGCAUCAUAGACCUGAAAAAAACAUUUAAUUUUGAUCUCUGUUUUAUACCCUUUGUAAAUGGCUCCUGUCAGUGAGAAAUAACUAGACAUAUACCCUUUCCCUGUUGCUGUGCUGAAAAUUUGGAACAUUACAUCCAGAUACCAAAUAAACCUUUGAAGUCUGUAUGUUGCCUAACUUAAUAUUCUUUAUAACAAAAAAGUUUCUACAGUUUUCCUUACCUUAACUUUAUUUCUAUCAGUACUGAUUCUGUGAGUCUUCUCUCUUGAGUUAUGCAUUACAUUGCAUUGUUCCGUUUUAAAAUGUAUGAUUAAAUGAAUAAAGGAAACUUGGCCAUUUUCAAAUUAA